AUGGAGAUUUCCCCGAACUCCCGGCGUGCUCGAAAGCCUCCGCCGCCGAAGAAUUCCGACUUCUAUUCCACAGUCGUAAUAAAAGAUGGUGCUGCAUCAAGAGACCUCGAACCCGAUCCAGAGUCAUCGGAUAUAUACUCCACAAUGGUGUACAAAGACGACGUCGUUGAAGACGAGGAAGAAUCGCUUCCUCCUUUAUUAAAACACCUCCCGAAAGACUUUGGUGGAGGUGGUGAUGACGUGGGAGAUUCGGAUGAUGACGAUUUCGGCGGAUCGAUUUCGGGAACUAUGAUCGUGAAAACUGAUAGGAAGCGAUCGAAUUAUUCGGAGAGUAAUGUUGUGUCACCUUAUGCGAAGCCUCGGAGCACGGGGAUGCCGACCUGGGAGAGGAAAAGCCCAAGGGAUAAAAUUGGGAAGGAGGAAAAUGUGGGUGAUUUUUCGACGUUUGUAGUGAGGGAGGAUGAAGACGAGGAUGGGGAAUUUGGGACGGUGGUAAGAAGUGUUGGUUCAGGUGGUGGGAGUGGAGGGGGGACGAUGAGGAGGGCAGUGGAGAGCAUGCAGAAGGUGGGGGAGGUGGGGAUGAGGGGGUACGGGAGACAGAGGAAGAGUGGUGGCGAGAGUGGUAGUGAAGGGAUUGGGCAAACGCAGGUUAGUGCGAAAAUGUCAUCGAGUUCUAUACCUGAUAGUGUCAUCAGGGAGGAUCCCUUCACGAAGUACGAAUUGCUCCACGAACUUGGGAAGGGUUCAUACGGGGCAGUCUACAAAGCUCGAGAUGUAAGGACUUCAGAAUUGGUUGCUAUCAAAGUGAUAUCGUUAUCUGAAGGGGAGGAGGGUUAUGAAGAAAUUCGUGGUGAAAUUGAGAUGUUGCAGCAAUGUAGUCAUCCUAAUGUUGUUCGAUAUCUAGGGAGCUACCAAGGAGAAGAAUAUCUUUGGAUCGUAAUGGAGUAUUGUGGGGGCGGGAGUGUUGCUGACUUGAUGAAUGUUACUGACGAGCCUUUAGAGGAGUAUCAAAUAGCAUAUAUUUGCAGAGAGGCAUUGAAGGGUCUCUCAUACUUGCACUCAAUUUUCAAGGUACAUAGAGACAUUAAAGGUGGUAAUAUAUUGUUGACUGAGCAAGGAGAGGUCAAAUUGGGUGAUUUUGGAGUUGCUGCACAAUUGACAAGAACUAUGUCUAAACGAAACACGUUCAUUGGUACACCGCAUUGGAUGGCUCCAGAAGUUAUUCAAGAAAGCCGUUAUGAUGGCAAGGUGGAUGUGUGGGCUCUGGGAGUGUCUGCGAUUGAAAUGGCAGAGGGACUUCCUCCAAGAGCAACGGUUCAUCCUAUGAGGGUAUUGUUUAUGAUUUCCAUCGAACCUGCUCCAAUGCUUGAGGAUAAAGAAAAAUGGUCACUUGUCUUCCAUGACUUUGUUGCGAAGUGCCUUACAAAGGAUCCCCGUCUUCGGCCCACAGCAGCUGAGAUGCUGACGCACAAAUUCAUUGAAAAAUGCAAAAAUGAAGCUUCAGCUAUGUUGCCAAAGAUUGAAAAGGCAAAGCAAAUCAGGGCAUCAAUGGCUCUGCAAGUACAGGAUACAACAUCAGGCACUCCAUUACCAGGAGUUGGGCCACUGGGAGAUUCUACAUCACAUGAAGCUAUUGUCAACACAGUUCCAUCUAAGCGUCGUGAUGAUUUGCAUGUUACAAAUGGAACAAUCGCUAUCAGUGGUACGAAUAAAGCACCACCUGAUGGAGAGAAACCAGAUGGAGAAGGUGACUUUGGGACUGUAAUAGUUCACGACAGAGUUAAAACUGCUAAACCAGCUACUCAAACAUUAAAAAGCAUAAAAGAAUCCCCUCCUGCUCUAAGGCAUGCUGGAAGUCUUUCAGUCAGUGAAGUUGGAGAUAAAGCAAUUGACUCUUGGAUGGUCAAUGUCCCAAUUGGAGGAUCUCAAGCAUCUUCACCCAUGUUUGUCUCACCCGAACAAAACCUCAAGACAAAUAGUGUUCCCCAAGUAACUGCCAACAGCAAUGUUGGCAUCACUGGCGCUUCACUUGCUAAUGAGACUGUCAGCAGAAAAGCUUUAGAUAAGCUUUGGUCCAUAUACUCUGCCGGUAAUACAGUCCCAAUUCCAUUUUUGAGGGCGACAGAUAUAUCUCCCAUUGCACUUCUGUCUGACAAUGUUCUUGGAGGAUGGCAGCAGGAGAGUGGUGGAAUCGUAGCUAUGGAAGCAAUGCAGGAGCUUUUUACUGGCGAUGCUCAGCCUAAGAAGGGUAGAAGUAGACAAAACGAGGUGCCCCUUCCACCUAGUGUAUAUCAAAGGCUUACUUCAAGUCCAACUCUAAUGAAUCUUGCACAGGCAUUGGCAUACCACAAAAUGUGCUAUGAAGAGAUGCCACUUCAGGAAAUGCAAGCAGCACAAGAGCAACAGACUAUUCAAAACCUUUCUGAUACUCUUCGAACUAUUUUACGUUUAUGA